AUGUCUGAGCACACUGAUGACUAUCAUGUCAAUACAAAAUUUAGGAUAGGCGCAGGUGCAGUCACAAGGAUGUCUAAUUCGAAGGGUAAGACCGCACUGGGGGUUCCAUUAACACCAAAUACACCAGAUAAUGUACAGAUUUCUCCAAAUAUUAAUACUGGUAAUUUUAAUCAAUACAAUGACUAUCAAAAUACUCCUACUAAUGUGGCAAAAGCUACACCAAGAAUGAUGGGUUCAAGGAACGUAUCCACUUCAAACACUAUAGGCAACGAUCAGUACCAAAGACAGCAGCAACAGCAACAAUCUGGGCAACCAUUGAUGCCGCCCGUUGACUUAAAUAAUAGUAAUAACAAUGCCAGUAGUCAUAGCGCCAAUUCCAAUAACACAAGGCCAGUACAAAAACAUAAAAGUAGGAGCCAGGAACCACCAAAGCAGUUCCAUAGAAAAUCGCUCGGGGAUUGGGACUUUUUAGAAACGGUAGGGGCAGGUUCCAUGGGUAAAGUCAAGUUGGCAAGACAUCAUAAAACAAAUGAAGUUUGUGCAAUCAAAAUUGUAAAUAGGGCAACAAAAUCCUUUUUACAAAAGGAAGCAUCUUUGCCACCACCUAAAUCUGAAGAAGAAGCAUUAGAACGACAGAAAAACCUCGAAAAAGAAAUAUCGAGAGAUAAAAGAACAAUUAGAGAAGCAUCCUUGGGCCAAAUAUUGUACCAUCCACAUAUUUGCCGGUUAUUCGAAAUUUGCACAAUGUCAAACCAUUUUUACAUGUUAUUCGAAUAUGUAUCUGGUGGGCAACUAUUAGAUUAUAUUAUUCAACACGGUUCAUUAAGAGAACAUCAUGCUAGAAAAUUUACAAGAGGUAUUGCAUCUGCGUUACAAUAUUUACAUGGAAACAACAUCGUUCAUAGAGAUUUGAAGAUAGAGAAUAUUAUGAUCUCGACAUCUGGUGACAUUAAAAUUAUUGAUUUUGGUCUAUCCAAUCUUUACGAUAGUAAGAAACAACUAAAUACAUUUUGUGGUUCUUUAUAUUUUGCUGCACCAGAAUUGUUAAAAGCAAAUCCUUAUGUUGGUCCUGAAGUCGAUAUUUGGUCCUUUGGUGUCGUUUUAUAUGUUUUAGCAUGUGGUAAAGUUCCUUUUGACGACGAAAACUCAAGUGUUUUACAUGAGAAAAUAAAGCAAGGGAAAGUUGAUUAUCCACAACACUUGUCUAUCGAGGUUAUUUCAUUAUUAUCAAAAAUGCUGGUAGUAGACCCUAAGAAAAGAGCUUCACUUCAGCAAAUAGUUAAUCAUCCAUGGAUGACAAGAGGUUUCGAUACAAAAGCACCAUCAUAUUUACCACUUAGAGUUCCUAUGAGUAUAGAUAUGAUAAAUCAUAAUGUUGUAAAAGAAAUGUUCGAAUUAGAAUUUAUAGAUGAUAUUGAACAAAGCAUGAAUAAGUUAAAAUCCAUCGUAACAGAUCCUGCGUAUGUGGAAUUAUCGAACUCUUACUGGCAGCAAAGACAAAUAUAUGAAAGAACUGUUUCCAAAGAUUUAUCGUAUUUUGACGAUCCUACUAGAGCAUUCCAUCCAUUAUUAUCAAUAUAUUAUUUAGUUGAUGAAAUGCUAAGGAAUAAAUUAAAGAAAUUACAAAGGAAGCAAAUGGUGUUGCAGAAACAAAAGCAACAAGAAUUACAACAACUGGAAGCUCAAAAGCAACAGUUACAGAAUCAAGCGCAUAUGCCUGAACUAAAUGUUCAAGCAGUAAAUAAUAAACCAGAAGUCUCAGCAAGCGUGCAAUAUAUGAAACAGAAAACAGAAACAUUUGAGCCUACAUCGGUAAAAACACCUACAAUAGCCUUUCAUGGGAAAUUUAUUGAAAGUACUAAACAAGAAAGACAGCCACUGAAUGUCGUGAUACCUCCUAAAAUUGUUAUACCAGAACAAGCUCAUACAUCUCCAACCUCAAGAAAGGCUUCGGAUUGUACUACUGGUGAUUUAGAUUAUGCUUUAUCACCUCACACCGAACUACUGACUGAUGUAGAGCCUCGUAUUAACUCUACACAAGUUCAGCCACCUGCAGAACAGGAUGAUAAAUCAACAUUUGGUGGUAUAUUCAGGAGACUAUCUCAACGUCGUUCUAGUAUAACACGAACUACUAAUCAACAACAAACAUCAACCGCACAAAAGAUGCAACCUCAAUUACAGAUUAAAUUAUCGAAUGAAGGUACUCGCAAUCCAGGCAGGAAAACACAUCAACGUACAUACUCAGAACAUGUUCCUACUGUCAAUAGAGUACCUUCUUUCAGUUCUGCAAGAAAUAAUUUCGCUAAUAAACAAGCUAGCGCAGCUACUAGAAUUAAUACCAAUGCAUCACCGGUGAGAUCAAGUUCACACAGACAAGAUAAUAAUUUGCCUGCAUUACCUUCAAAUGCAGAACAUAUUUUGCAACAGCAACGGGCUAAUGAAAUGGACCAAAGUAACGAGCAAUUAACUCGUGACACCUUAAAUAUUCAGAAAGUUCGUAAUAACAACAGUAAUAAUAAUAGAGAUGAUCCACAGAAUAUUUUAGAUGUUGGUAGUGAAGUUGAUGACGUUGCAAAACCCUUAGCUAAUGAAAAUUAUGCUAAGGGUAGAGUAUUACACCCAAGUGCAAGGGCAAAAUCUGUUGGUCAUGCUCGUCGUGAGUCGUUGAAAUUUUCCAGGCCCCCCGUUCCUCCAAACGUUCAAGAGAACUAUAAUAGUGAAUAUGCUGAUGACAAUUACAAAAAUAAUCAUCUUGCUAGUUCAGCUAAAGCUACUAAUCAAGAUGAGAUGAAUAUGUUGAAUAUUGUCAAAACACCUUCCUAUAUUCGUGAAUUGACUGAUCAAGAAAUUUUAGACGAAGCUUCCAAGGCACCAGUUGGUUCAAUGCCAUCUAUUGAUUAUCCUCGUUCAUUAUUCUUAAAAGGUUUUUUUUCAGUUCAAACAACUUCUUCAAAGCCAUUACCAAUUGUUAGAUAUAAAAUUAUUUCUGUGUUAAAACGUAUGGAUAUUAGCUUUACAGAAGUUAAAGGUGGUUUCGUCUGUGUUCAAAACCCUCUUAAUAUUAUUACUACCGAGAAAUCAAACCAUCUAAAUCCACCUCAGGAUUCUGCUGCUCAACACUUUUUGCAACCACCUGCUGCAACGCAUAGAAGAAUCUCAUCAGUUACUCCACAAAUAUCAGUUAGACGUCAACCAUCUGUCAAGUACAGCAACCAACCAACUAUUCCAGCUAGCCCAAUUGGUUUGAACAUGGAGGAGAAUAGAAGAAGUAUUUCAUCUUCACUAAACGCCGCAAAUUUUGGCAGAGCCGAUUCAAUUGGUGGCCAUUCGGGCAAUACUGGUGGUAACUCAGAAGAUAUGUCUACUGCUUCCUUAGACUACGUAAACGAAGAAGAUAUAUUGACCACUUCAAGAGUUCAAGAUAUGAAUAAAGUGAUAAAUUAUAACUCACAAGCAAAGCAAGCUUCUCAAGCAGAGGAUGAUGAUGUUCAUGCAAUCGAUUACUCUUCGAAGGAAAAACCUCCAAUUAAAUUUGAAAUAUACAUUGUCAAAGUUCGUAUUGUUGGUUUAGCUGGUGUGCACUUUAAGAAAGUAUCUGGUAAUACCUGGAUGUAUAAGGAACUGGCGUCUCAUAUAUUAUCUGAAUUAAAUUUAUAG